GCAGAACUGUUAGAGUACAGCUUAAACUCCUGCUCAGCGUCUCCAUCCUCUCACGAUGUCCUCAGAUAUUUAUGCUGAACCAGAUCUAUCAAAGAAGGUGAGAUACAGCAGAAAGGAGGACGGAGCAGAGUGGGAGCAGAGGGAGGUGGAUAUCUACGAGAGUGCAGAUGAGAUCAGAGAUAGUUAUGAUCAUUUUCAAUCGGAGGAAGGAGGACCACAGACUCUGAAUCCUCCUUCAGUCCUGAAGGGCUCUUUCAGAUGUGCUACACUGGGUCUAAGAGUGCUGUGCCUCCUGAUGUUAGCUGGGAUCAUCAUCCUGUCCAUAUGCUAUGCUUUGAACAAGAGUGAAAACAAAAGACUUCAUGCUAAAUGUGACAAACUGAACCACGUUUACAAUGACACCAAAAAGAAUCACACUGAGCUCCAGGAUGAACUUCAAGACACAAAAACCAGCCUGACUCAGUUACAGAGCCGUUAUGAUGAACUGAGUAAAAACCACAGUCAGCUACAGGAAGAAGUGAAGAAGCUGAAGGAGAAGAUAGAAGGGAAGUGUCCUGAUCGAUGGAUGAGAUUUGGAAGCAGCUGCUACUUUAAAUCCACUGAGAGGAAAACUUGGUCUGAGAGCAGGAGAGCCUGUCAGGAUAAAGGAGCUGAUCUGGUGAUGAUAAACAGCAAAGAGGAACAGGAAUUUGUCAGUAAUUUCAGAGGACACUCUUGGAUUGGUCUGGAAGCUAAAUGGACAUCAGGAGGAUAUGAAUGGGAAUGGGUGGACGGAUCAGUGCUGACAGAAACGUGA